CUUGACUCGCGUAAAGAAGAGCCGGCAUCUGCAGCGGAGCUCGCAGUCCGCGCCGCACGCCGCAGCUGUAACAAGCCACACAGCGCACCAUGGCGGAGGUCGUCAUUGUUUCUGCAGUCAGAACACCAAUAGGUGCCUUUGGUGGAUCCCUAUCAUCCCUGAGAGCAGAUGAAUUGGGCACUGUUGUAAUUAAAGAAGCUCUGCGCAGAGCUGAAAUUGAGCCUGAUAAAAUACCAGGUGUCUGUGAAGUAGUUAUGGGACAGGUUCUGGCAGCUGGGCAAGGUCAGAAUCCUGCUCGCCAAGCAGCACUCCGUGCAGGAUUACCAUAUACUGUCCCAGCAACCACUGUCAAUAUGAUGUGUGGUUCUGGAAUAAGAGCUGUUGUUGACGGAUACCUGAGCAUAAGAAAUGGUGAUGCACAAUUAGCAGUGUGUGGUGGACAGGAAUCAAUGAGCCAGACACCUCAUGUAGUCAAUAUGAGAAAAGGACUGAAGGUGGGAGAUACAUCCUUACGUGACACCAUAUUAUGUGAUGGUCUCACAGAUGCAUUUUAUGAUAUACACAUGGGAGAAACUGUGGAAAGAAUUGCUGACAAAGAAGGAAUUACUCGUGAACAGCAAGAUGAAUUAGCUCUCGAAUCUCAGCGUCGAGUUGCCAAAGCUCAGCAGGGAGGAUAUUUUGAUAAGGAAAUGGUACCAGUUCCUAUUGAAAGUUCAAAUGAGAAAAAAUUAGUAUCAAUUGAUGAACAUCCUAGGAAUGAUCUGAAGAUUGAGGACUUGCAGAAACUGAAACCAGCAUUUCGAAAGGGUGGAACUGUCACAGUUGGUAAUGCUACUGGUAUAAAUGAUGGAGCUGCAGCAUUAGUCUUGAUGACCAAAGAGCUUGCCUCAAAAAGAGGCUUAAAACCAUUGGCGAAGAUUGUAGGAUGGUCACAAGGUGGUCUUGACCCACAGUACAUGGGCAUGGGACCAGUACCAGCUAUUACAUCACUUAUGGAAAAGGUACAGUGGAAAAUAUCUGAUGUAGACCUGUUUGAGAUAAAUGAAGCCUAUGCUUGCCAGGCCAUAGCAGUAAUGAAGCAGUUGGGUCUGAGCCCAACAAAAGUUAAUGUCAAUGGUGGUGGAGUAGCUCUGGGACAUCCUCUGGGGUCUUCUGGAGCUCGGAUAAUAGCAACAUUGAUUUAUGCCUUGCAAAGGACAGGAGGCAAACGAGGUGUUGCAGCUAUCUGUAUAGGAGGUGGAAUGGGUAUAGCAAUUUGUAUUGAAAUAUGUUAAGGUUGCACAAAAUAAGAAGAAGGAUUAUACACCACCAUUGUUUUGAUACUGCAAACAACUCAUUAACUUCAUAUGAAUUAUGUAGCAGGUUAGGUUAGUUUAUUUUACUCACCAUGCUACCUAACAUGGUAUGAAGUGUCUGUACAAUACUGUCAAAUCCUGGGAGAAUUGUUCAAUAUAAGUGAGCAUUUCCUUUUUUCCUGGAAUUGGACUUAUUUUCAAAAAUUGUGCUUCAGAUUUAAAUUGCAAAACUGCAUGGUGAUUUAAUAAUAAAUGUUCUUUGUGUGCUUUACAUAAAAUGAAUGACUUGUUCCAUCAUACAAAAAAAUUGUUAUAUCCAAAUUAAUCAUCUAUAAAACAACUAUAUGCAAAAUUUUUCUGGUAAUAAAUAAAGUAAAACUAAAGUACACUGAAGAAUUGGUUGUUUUGUCAAAAUAAAAACUGAGAAACUAUGCUUCUAACAAAAGAUUUGAAAAUAUAUAUUAGGAGUGUGUGUGACUUAACAGAUUCUUUUUUCAAAGAAUAAUUAUCAUCUGGAGACUUCAAUAAUUUAUUAUUGUGAACAAAGUCAAACAAUAAACAAAAGUGCCAUUACAUACAUUAUUACUGUAAUAGGUCAUUACAAAAUUUGUAUUUGAUCUCAAAUAAUUAUAUGGUUUGCUUAGAAAUCCAAAGAAUAUCACUAGUAGAGCAGAGUGAACAGAAAUUGAAUUUUAUUCUUCAAAUUAAUAAAUUUUUAAUUAGAUGAUAGAGAGGUUAGCAAGAUUUGUAGACUUGCUCUUCAGCAGUAGUAUAUAAGUCUAUCAUUGUGACACCUGUCUAAUGUUCUUGUGAAUAUUAUUCUUUUAUUUUUUUUGUUUUUUAUAAAGUUUAUUUCCCAUGGUAGGCAUCAACCCUAUUUUGUAGAAAUGUGCGCUCAUAUGCUGCUGAAUAAAAAUUAUGAUUAAAA